GGGGAGAUACCCUGCCCCUCCAGUGCCACCCCACAUCCAGCAAAAAGCCAGCACCUCCAGCACCUGCCUCCUCCCCAGCAGUUUGUCAGCCCUGCAAGCUUUCAGCUAAACCGCAUCUCCGACCUGCCAAGGUCUGCCAGGCAGGAGAUGCCUACACCCGAGAGAAAUUCAAGCCACAGCCAAGGCGAGAUUUGGAAAAGGAGAAGCAAAGGCUCCAAAACAUCUUAGCGACAGGGAAGGAUGUGGUGGAGCACAACGUGAAGCAGAUGGUGGUUCAGAGAAAGGAAGAGGAGGUACCCAAGCCUGACAGGUUUGAAGAAUUGGUGAAUGAAGUUCAGGAGAGGAGGGAAUUCCUGGCAGAGAUGGAAGCUCUAGGACAGGGCAAGAAGUACGAAAGGAUUAUCCUCACUGAAAUCUCACAGAAAAUGCGUGAGAUGGAGAUCAUUGACAAGAAGAGAAGUGAGGAAAUGAGAGAGAUCAUGACAAAAGACUUCCCUGGUGGGAACAAAUCUGAUCCCCAUGACUAGGCCAAGGGAAAAAUACAAGUGCAAUUUGUUCCCACCUCUUUUC